AUGAACACUUCCACUAAAGCAACAACCACGGGCGACCCUAUCAAAGAUUGGAUCGACAACAUGAUGGCCGAUGGCGAGUUCGCAAUCUGCCUCGGUUUGCCAGCAUUGACCCUCUUUGGCGGGUACUUGUACCGCUGCUGGUGGCUCCGGACUCAUCGCCAUCCUCACCUCUAUGGACGGACUACGUGGAUCUAUUGGCCGACGCAGGCCUUGCUUGCUGCUGGGUGUGCGUCGCUUUUGAUGCUUUUGAGGACUCUUCUGAAGUCUCCUUAUGACUCUAACGGCCUCUUGAUGUCUGUCUGGGCUUUGCUUCUUCUUUCGUUCACGGCGAUCGAGUUGAACAAGAGGGAACACAAGUACGAGAUCCGAUCGUCAGACGCUCUCUUCGUCGCAUAUGUCACCACCCUCUUAACCAGCACCCUCUCCCUCUACAUCCUCCACACCGACUCUUCACACAACAACGACAACGGAGCCUCCAUCCGCUACCUCGGUGGAUUCACCAUCUCCUUCGCCCUAGCCUUUGUCGUCGAAGCGGCGCCCCGGUCCAACACCUCCGCCCAGAUUGAGAGCAGGAAACGCGAGAACUUGUCCGCCUUUGAUCAGGCCAACCUCUGCUCCCGAAGGGCCUUCCAUUUCAUCCAGGAUGUUGUCUCUGCGGGUGCCAAGCGAACACUGGUCGCUGAGGAUAUUGAGAAUACCAUCUCCAAGGGCCUCUUGACCCAUGAGAGCUACGAGACUGUCUCUGUGGCCUGGGACCGAGAAGUUCAGAAAGCUAAGGCUGCUAACAGACAACCUUCAUUGACGCGGGCAGCCGCUGCGGCUAUCGGAUUCUACCCAACUGUCCUUUUUGGAGACUUGCUCCAGUUCUUUGUCGACUACCAUGACGCCCCCAAGGAAGGACGCGAACCCACGAUCGCCUACGGACUCACCAUCGCCACGGGCAUGCUCUCGGCAUCCCUCGCAUACUCGAUCCUGAUGGCCCAGAGUUUCCAUGGUUUCUACGAGAUGGGGAAUCAACUGCGUGCGGGAACAGUGGCGAUGAUCUACCGCAAGUCGCUUCGUCUCUCCCCUCAGGCGCGCCAGAAAUCGACCCUGGGCGAGAUCACCAACCAUAUGGCGGUCGAUGCCGAGAAAUGGAUCAAUUGUGCGCUCUUCAUGCCGUUCUUGAUCCUGGUUCCCAUUGAGCUGGUCAUGGGUAGGUAUUUGCUUUACAAGACUCUGGCGUGGUCGCUUUUGGAGGGUCUAGUGGUAUUUGGUUUUAUUACGCCGCUUCAGGGCAAGAUGGCGGCGUUUAUGAGCGAGUUCGAAGACGAGAAGUUGGAGAAGAUGGAUGCCCGUUUGAGGGUCAUGACUGAGAUCUUGGAGGACGCGUUCCACAAGAAGGUUGACGAAAAACGAGGCGAAGAACUCCACGCCGAAAAGAUGCUCGCCACUAUCCGAUCCAUCCUCACAAUCGUCUACUCCUCCGUCACCCUCCUCAUGUCCCUCGCCACUUUCGGCGUUUACGCUACAUACGGCGGGCCCGAUUUUACACCCGGCAAGAUGACUUCUCAAGUCGUCUUUGUUGGAAUCGCCCUUUUCGCAAGGUUGAACCAGCCCCUGGGGAUGAUUUCACAUACGAUCUCGCAGUCGAUUUCGGUGAUGGUUGAGUCCUCGACCGGUGCGAUCGAUAUCGAGAACGGAACUUUUGCAUGGGAGCAGAAGGUUCUACCUGCCGCUGCCGCUGCCGCUUUAUCUGACGCUGAAGGAGAACGCCAACCGCUAUUGUCAGGAUCCAAGCCUUCGCCCUUCUCUUCGGCACCCGCAACACCCGGCCGCCCAACACUCGCCAACAUCAACAUCCAGAUCUCCGAGGGACACCUCACCGCCGUCGUCGGCCGCAUUGGACAGGGCAAAUCUUCUCUCCUCAGUGCGCUCAUGGGCGAGAUGUACAAGACGCAAGGCACUGUCAAGGUCUAUGGCGAUCUGGCCUACGUCCCCCAACAGCCCUGGAUCCUCAACGCGACUGUCCAGGAGAAUAUUACCUUCGUCAAGCAGCUCGACCAAGACCACUACGACCGGAUCGUGUUUGCGUCCGGCCUGAAACCUGACCUCGAUAUGCUCCCAGCUGGUGACCAGACCGAGAUCGGAGAGCGCGGGAUUAACCUGUCCGGCGGCCAGAAGCAACUCGUCUCGCUUGCGUGUGCGGCGUACCAGGAUGCGGAUAUCUACCUCCUCGACGACCCAUUGAGUGCGGUAGAUGCACAUGUGGACCAGUACUUGUGGCAGCACCUGCUCGGACCUGAGGGACUGCUUAAGGAUAAAACGCGCAUUUUGGUGACACACGGGAUCCAUCAGCUUGAGGAAGUUGAUCAGAUUGUGGUGUUGAAGGAUGGAAUGGUCUCGGAGAUAGGAGAUUACCGGCAUUUGAAUCAGGAGAGGGGGGCGUUCUAUCAGUUGAUGAAGGAAUAUUCUGUCGCGCACAAGUCUUCGUCUUCAUCGAGCAGGAAGCACCACGACAAGAAUGCGACGGCGGUUGAGGCUGAUGUGGAUAGUGAACGGAACACGAUCGUUGGAGACGAUUCUCGGCUGGACGGUGGCGACACGGAUGACAAGAGGAAGGAUGACGAUGAUAAGAAGAAUGGAGAGUUGAUUGCGGAGGAAACUAUGGUUGACGGAAAAGUCAGCUGGAAGGUCGCCAAGGCCUAUGCCCGCGCCGACCCACGGUCCAAUCCCACCACCACCUUACCAGCGCACCCAACAUCCUACUACCUUUACGGCUACGGGACCCUCAUCCUCGCCUUCGUCAUCAUGGACGUCCUAGUCAACUACAGCGCAGAAGUCAUCUGCGGCAUCCGGGCCUCUCGCACGAUCCACAGUACCCUCCUCACCUGGGUUCUCCGUCUUCCCAUGUCCUUCUUUGAUACCACCAUGGGCCGGAUCAUCAACCGGUUCUCGUCUGACAUGGCGGCGAUUGAUUCGCAGUUGCCCCAGGGGUGUAGUGGUCUUUUAUCGUUUUUGGCGAUGAUUGGGGGUAGUUUGCUUCUGAUUGCGUAUUCGACACCGACGUUUUUGUUGACACUCCCGGUGUUGUUCGUGGCGUAUGUGGUUGUGCAGGAUUAUUUUAUAAAGACUUCUGCGGUGUUGAAGAGGCUGUUUAGUGUGGCCCAGAGUCCGUUGUAUCAGCAUUUCUCGGAGACGCUGGCGGGGGUUUCGACGAUCAGGGCUAUGGCCGGGCAGACGUCGAGGUUAAUCCUUGAGAACGAAGCAAAGACGGAUGUGACGGUGAACAGGACAAAUGUGAUUCAGCUGGUCAAUCGGUGGUUGCAGAUUCGAGUGGAGCUUAUGGGUGGGUUGAUUCUCUUCUCGGCCGCUGCACUGGCGAUCUUGAACGCUGACAAUCUGGAUCCUUCGUUGGUCGGGCUCGCGUCGACGUAUGCGCUGAGUAUGGUCUCGAUCAUCAAUGCCCUCGUCCGAACCGUCAGCGAGGUCCAAAACCAGUUGGUAUCUGUCGAACGUAUCAUGGAGUACUCUGAGAAACCCACCGAGGCCCCCGUUGUCACCGGUGUCCAACUGCCCAAGAACUGGCCCCAGCACGGUCGAGUCGUUUUCAAGAACUACUCGGCACGCGACCGCGAGGGUCUGGAUCUAGUCGUCAAGGAUAUCUCGUUCGCCGUCGAACCUGCAGAGAAGGUCGGAAUCGUCGGUCGUACUGUAGCUGGCAAACCACCCCUCACCCUGGCACUCUUCCGGAUCAUCGAAGCUGCAGACAGCUACUGGGCCCCGGCAAGCGACCCCUCCGCAGAACCCACCUCCCCCCUGGAAUCCACAAUGUUCGCCUCCGACUCUGGCGGAUCCAUCGAAAUCGACGGAAUCGACUUCUCAACCCUGGGCCUGCGCGACCUCCACCAACACCUCGCCAUCAUCCCUCAGGACCCAACCCUCUUUGCAGGCACCCUCCGCAAGAACCUCGACCCCUUCUCCACCCUCCCCCACGCCUCCCUCUGGCAAGCCCUCGAGCGCGCCCACUUAAACCCCUUCAUCUCCACCCUCCCCGGCGGGCUAUCCUUUGAAGUCCUCCCCAACGGCGAGAACUUCUCUGUCGGCCAAAGAUCCCUCAUCUGCCUCGCCCGCGCCCUCCUCCGUCAGACAAAAGUCCUAAUCCUCGAUGAAGCGACAGCAGCGGUGGAUGUAGAGACGGACGACUUGAUCCAAAAGGCGAUCUGGAAGGAGUUUGCGGAUAGGACGAUCUUGACGAUUGCGCAUCGGAUCAAGACAGUAAUGGAUUCAGACAAGAUCUUGGUAUUGGAGAAGGGGAAGGUGAAGGAGUUUGCGGCGCCAAAGAAGUGA